UCUGACGAAAUUUGCGAAAACCCGAUUAGAAAAAUACGUCCGUACGACGUGUUUAUUCGAAAUAGUAAUACCAAGACAGAUUGGGGUGGGGCCAAUUAGACUGCUGUCAAGACAGUCGGGGCAAACCAAAAUCACUCGAAUCAUUCUGGUUGUGAGCACUCGAGAGAUACAUUGGUCACUCUACUUUGAUAAUUAUUUACAUCUAUUGCAGAUCACCGCAGCAAUCAUCAAAAUGCUGAAACUAUUCUUCAUAAUCUGUACACCGAUUUUUCUUCCCUUUACCACAGCUGCUCUGAUGAUUUUGACGAAAUCCCAGGUUGAGAUAGAUUGGAUGUGCCAUGAGACCAAUUCAUGGGGCAACUGCAGUACCUUACCAAAGAUUACAGACUGGCUCCAAACUAUUUCUGAUAAAAUUGAUAGUGACGAAUAUACAGACAUCGACUAUUGCCCUUUCGAGAUCGUGGAACGGCACGCCAGGUGUAUGGGGUUGUUCUUGGAAACUUGUCAACAGUAUCUGCCGGAAUCAAAGCAACAUUUUGCCUCCUCGUUUAUGCCACGUACUGAAGAGACCGCAGAGACUCACUGCGUCAAAGGCCGGCCUUACAAGAACGAAUUCAGAGCACACACUGCUUGCACCAAAUUAAUGUUCGAUUCUGACAAUCAAUGGCGUACUCAUGAGGUAAAUCAAGAGGUAGAAUUUGGGCUAAUACCAAUGGACACGGACUUCUACGAGAAAUGCUACAUUUAUCGCAAGUAUUGGCAAAUGCAGAACUCGUGGAUUCGUGAAAAAUGCGGAAUGAGGACCGAAAAGUUUUCCCGCCAAGUGCUCAGCAACAUGUGGCCCAUAAUGGGAUUGUUGAAACUAUGCGGCGAGCAACUUUCAACAUAUGGAUAUUUAGAAUGAUGAAAGAUGGCUUCAAACCACUGUUCUUCAAAUUUUUAGAAUUGUCUUAUAGCUUAUUAAUUUACGUUUACGAAUUAUUAACACAAAUUUAAUUGUAAUUUCAUUUCCAAUUUAUUUUUUUUCCAUUUUAUAAAAUAAUAUAAUACUCUUUAAAACAUAUUAAGAUUUAUUAUUAUUUUAAUUACGUUGUAGAAUUAGAUAAAUAUAUAUUAUUGUGGGUAAUGUUAAUCCAACAAUCAUAAUUUGUUAGUAAUUGCCUAGGCACCUUAAAUGAACCAUGAUGAAUCGUUGUAAUAAUCUAUUGAUAUGCAAUUAAAUGAUUCUUUUAAAGUUUAA